GAGCAGCCGUCCUGCUGUGCUUUGUGUCAGGACGUCCUGAAGGAUCCAGUCUCUACCAGCUGUGGACUCUGGUUCUGCAGACAGUGCAUCACCUCAUACUGGGACCAAUCUGCUUCAUCAGGAGACUCCUGCUGUCCCCAGUGUGGAGAAAGAUCCAGAACAAUGUACGCUGUUAAACAUAAACAUAAGAUCAGUGUGAAGGGGACAUAUGAACGUGUGACUGAAGGAGUUGAUCAAACAGGAAGUGGAACCCUCCUCAACAGGAUCUUCACUGCUCUCUACAUCACAGAUGAACUGAGUAAAGAAGUUAAUCGCCAACAUGAGGUGAGGCAGCUCGAGACAGCUUCCAAGAUGGAGACCCUCCAUGACUCUCCAAUCAACUGCAGUCACGUCUUUAAAGCCUUACCUGACCAACAGAAACACAUCAGAGUUGUUCUGAUGAUCGGCGUCGCUGGCGUUGGAAAAACCUUCUCAGUGCAGAAGUUCUGUCUGGACUGGGCCGAGGGUUUGGAAAACCAAGAUGUGGAUCUGGUGGUUCCUCUUUCCUUCAGGGAGCUGAACCUGAUCAAAGAUGAGCAGUACAGUCUUCUGGAGCUGCUCCGUGUUUUCCAUCCAUCAUUACAGGAGGUCCCAGCAGAGCAGCUCGCUGGCUCUAAACUUCUCUUCAUCUUUGAUGGCCUGGAUGAAAGCAGACUUUACCUGGAUUUCAAGAAGAGGAAGGCUGUUUCUGAUGUCACACAGAAGUCAUCAGUCAACGUGCUGUUGACAAACCUCAUCCAGGGGAAGCUGCUUCCCUCGGCUCUCGUCUGGAUAACUACCCGACCUGCAGCAGCCAAUCAGAUCCCUCCUGCGUGUGUUGACAGGGUAACAGAAGUACGAGGCUUCACUGAUGACCAGAAGGAGGAGUACUUCAGGAAGAGAGUCAGUGAUGAAGAGCUGUCCAGCAGAAUCAUCUCCCACAUCAAGACCUCCAGGAGCCUCCACAUCAUGUGUCUGAUCCCAGUCUUCUGCUGGAUCACUGCUACAGUUCUGGACCACAUGUUGACUACAGACCAGAGAGGAGAGCUGCCCAAGACCCUGACUGACAUGUACUCACACUUCCUGCUGGUUCAGACAAAGAGGAAGAAGCUCAAGUAUGCUGAGGGACAUGAGACGAGUCCACAGGAGCUGACGGAGGCUGACAGGGAAGUUCUUCUGAAGCUGGGGAGGCUGGCGUUUGAACAGCUGAAGAAAGGAAACAUCAUGUUCUACCAAGAAGACCUGGAGCGCUGUGGUCUGGAUGUCACAGAGGCCUCGCUGUACUCAGGAGUUUGUUCAGAGAUCUUCAAAACAGAGAGUGUGAUCUUCCAGAAAACAGUCUACUGCUUCGUUCAUCUGAGCAUUCAGGAGUUUCUGGCUGCAGUCUACAUGUUCCACUGUUACACCAACAGGAACACAGAGGAGCUGGAGGACUUCCUGGGAGAAGACUGGGAAAACAAGAGCAUUGAUUUAUCUCUGGAUGAAGAUGAUGAUGACAGGGACAUAGAACAUUCCCAGUCUGUGGAUGAAGAUGAUGAUGACAUGGACAUAGAACAUUCCCAGUCUGUGGAUGAAGAUGAUGAUGACAUGGACAUAGAACAUUCCCAGUCUGUGGAUGAAGAUGAUGAUGACAGGGACAAUGACCAUUCCCCCACCAUGGAUAAAGAUGAUGGUGUUGAUGAUGACAGGGACAAUGACCAUUCCCCCCCUGUGGAUAAAGAUGAUAGUAUUGAUGAUGACAGGGAAAAUGACAAUUACCCAUCCCUGGAUGUCUUCCUGAAGAGAGCCAUGGAGAAAUCCCUGAAGAGUAAAAAUGGCCACCUGGACCUGUUUGUGCGCUUCCUUCAUGGCCUCUCUCUGGAGUCCAACCAGAGACUCUUAGGAGGCCUGCUGGGUCAGACAGACAACAGUCCAGAAAUCAUCCAGAGAACCAUCAACAACUUGAAGGAGAUGAACAGUAAAAAGAUCUCUCCUGACAGAAGCAUCAACAUCUUCCACUGUGUGACGGAGAUGAACGACCACUCAGUCCAUCAGGAGAUCCAAGAGUUCCUGAAGUCAAAGAACAGAUCAGAGAAGGAACUCUCUGUGAUCCACUGCUCAGCUCUGGCCUACAUGCUGCAGAUGUCAGAGGAGGUUCUGGAUGAGUUGAACCUGAAGAAGUACAACACAUCACUGGAGGGACAACUGAGACUGAUUCCAGCUGUGAUGAACUGCAGAAAGGCUCUACUACCUGGCUGUCAUCUAUCAGGGACUCACUGUGAAGUUGUGGCCUCAGCUCUGAUGUCCAACCCCUCCCAUCUGAGAGAGCUGGACCUAAGUCUCAACAAGCUGCAGGAUUCAGCAGUUAAGCUUCUAUCUGCUGGACUGCAGAGUCCUCACUGUAGACUGGAGACUCUGAGAUUGUGGGGCUGUGGUUUGUCAGAGACCAGCUGUGCUUCUCUGGCCUCAGCUCUGAUGUCUAACCCCUCCCAUCUGAGGGAGCUGGACCUCAGUGACAACGAGCUGCAGGAUUCAGGAUUGAAGCUGCUGUGUGAUUUUCUGAAGAGUCCACACUGUGGACUGAAGACUCUAAGAUUGAGGUGGUGCAGUUUGUCAGAGAUCAGCUGUGCUAAUCUGGUCUCAGCUCUGAAAUCCAACCCCUCCCAUCUGAGAGUGCUGGACCUGAGAGACAACAAGCUUCAGGAUUCAGGAGUGAAGCUGCUGUGUGAGAGUCCAAGCUUUGAACUGGAAACUCUGAGGGUGGAUGGCAGAGAAUACAAGGCUGCACCUGACAUACAUGAAGGAUAUCCGUCCACGUCAAAGACAAACCCUGAUGUGUCUGAGGACAGAAGAGAGGAUCAGCUGUGUCCUGAUGAUCCAGAGAAGUUGAAGCAGCAGCCGCUUGUAGCUGGAGAGGCUCCCAAUACAAAUGUCAGUCUUUCACUUUAACAUUUUUACUGAAGA